CCCGUUUCUCUCUCUUGUCACCACUCUCGACAGUCGACACGCGAAAAACUUAGCGAUCUUUUCCCGCCAUCUUGUCCGACGACGAAAAGCGUAUACGAUCUCUGCGAACGACGGAUCUCGGCUCCCGCAACGAGACGUAUCACGUAAGUACGAUCGUGGCCAACUUGUCAGUUAAAUCGCGAAAGUCUGUCGCGACUCCGAUCACUCGUUCGCGGUCUUCAAUUAUUUACCCUGACGACCACAUGCAGUGCCGCCGCACAUUUUAACAAUAACACCACCAUAAUAUACAGUUAUCCAUCAAUCAUCAGUCAUCAGUCAUCACCUAACUGUCAUCACCACAGUCAUCACCAACUACAAUUUCGAUUUUCUAGAACGGUUUCCAGACACAGUUAUCCGUGCACAUUUUAGACAUCUUAGCUUCCGACAUGUCUAUAGCCGAAUUCUUGGAUGGCUUGCCAUCCUAUGACGAACGCAAUUUUUCCAGUUUCACUUCAAAAAGUUGUGGAAAUAAGUCUUCACUAGUUUACAUAACAACAAAAGAUCAACCUUCCGAACAAAUUGUUAAUGACUAUUCAAAUUUGUCAUUCCAGGAUUUACCUAUACUUUGGGAUUUAGAGAAUAGAUGUAAUGCAUUGGAUGAAACGAGUGAAGAAUCUGACACAUUGGAUGAAACGAGUGAAGAAUCUGACGCAUUGGGUGAAACGAGUGAUGAAUCUGACACAUUGGAUGAAACGAGUGAAGAAUCUGAUAACUAACUAGAAGACGGCAAUUCAGAAAUGUAGAUAUAGAUAUUAUAUUGUAAAACUUCUUGCGAUUAAAUAAUUCCAAUGCAAACA